AUGGCUGUGGAUUCUCCUGGCUGUAGCUAUGUGUCUCUGCUGAACCAUUUGGGGGUGGGGCCUAAUAACCACACCCACUCCGCACUGCGUCCAGUCAGAAACUGGAGCACUCCCACCUAUGUCACAGUGGACCUCUACCUCUACGUCAUCAUAGAUGUGAAUGAGAAGCACCAGAGUCUCACGACUGGACUUCACAUGUUCAGUUCAGGUUGGACCAAUGAGCUUCUGCGAUGGGACCCUGAGCACUUCUGUGGUAUCUACACCAUGACCAUCCCAGAGGAAUAUGUCUGGAGACCACCUACCUCUAUUAUGGAGAGUUUCGAUGCUAAGCUAAGCUACGAGAAGAGCUCCUAUGUGAACCUAAUAGCGUCUGGGUGGGUCACCACUGGAGAGAGCUACAAGAUCACCAGCACCUGCAAGAUGGACCUCUUCAAAUUCCCCUUCGACACCCAGCAGUGCAAGCUCACUGUACUUACCAUCCUCAAUACCAUCGAUCAGAUCCGUCUGUACCCGGGCUCCAACUCGGCGGACGUGUUGUCGGGCUCCCUGAUGGUCUUCCAGGCCCAGGGAGAGUGGGACCUGAUCCGCAUCAAUGUCACCAGGCAGAACCUCACCAUCGGGACCAGCGUCUGGGACACUGUGAUCUACACGAUCGUGAUGUGUAGGCGACCACAGCUUUACGUGAUCAACCUCCUGAUUCCCGUCUUCCUCUUCCUGGUUCUGGACCUGAUGUCCUUCUUCAUAAACGAGGUGCAAGGAGAGAAGCUGAGCUUCAAGGUCACUGUGCUGCUGGCCAUCUCAGUUCUCCUGCUCAUCCUCCACGAUAUGCUGCCCUCCACACACGACAGAACACCACUCAUAGGCGUGUUCUGCACUGGCAUCUUCCUGUUUGUGGGCUUCAGUAUCGUAGAGACCAUCGCUGUCAGCUUCCUGAUGCGAAUGGCCUCCAAGUGCGACCUAGCGGCGUUUAGUCGGGAGACCCGGGAGAAGAGGGUGCAAGAAGAGGCUAGUGGGCAAGGUCCGGUGGUGUCUACUGUAAAGGGGGUGGAGCAGGACACGGCCAUUGUUUCUCUGUUGCGCCUCCUGCUGGAGGAGGUGAGAAAACUGCGGCAGAGCACCUGCCCCCAACCUGCACGGCAUGCUGGGAGUGCCUGCGUGUGUCUGAAGACCGCCGCCAAAGCCAUCAACACGCUCUACUUCAUCCUCUACACCUGUGCAGCUGUCUGUUUCCUGGUUGGGGUGUUUAAGCAGUGGUAUUACUAGCUGUAUAUGGGAAGGGUGGUGGAACAGUGGUUUGAAUACAUGGGUUCUAAGUUUUUGUUUUCUCCUAGCUGCGCGACACUGGCUGUGCACAACUCAACCUCUGAUUGUUGGAAACCGCUAGUGGUGUCAACAAUAAUCGAUUCAGCAAUGCAUCACAAUGCGGGGCAGGACAAUUCCAUAAUCGAUUCGGCAAGUGUCAUAAUUGAUGUGGCAUUUUUUUUCAAGUUUCAAUUACUUCUGUGGAUAUUUCCGGAGGAAAUUAACGUUUCAUUAAAUUAAAGCACAUCAAAGCAUUGAAAACCACAAGACUGAUACAGAAAACAGCCGAUAAAAUGUUGUUCAUUAUCUGACUGCUUGUAUUGCCUCAUGACUGAAGAAAAAUGUGCCUUUGCUUUCAGUAGAAAAUGUAAUGCAUUGCAAUGCAUCGUAGAAUCUAAUUGAAUCCAUUCGAAUUGAAUCUUUACCUCCAGAAUCGUAAUCGAAUCGAAUCGUGAGGGCAGUGCCAAUGCACACCUCUAGAAACUGCUGUUAAAGAAUUGGCUCACGUGGUUGACUGCCAGUGUCUUGACCCACCUCACAACAUUGUGCUUAUAAACACGUUGAACCCAUGUAUGACUAGCUGCAUGUGGAAGGAGGUGGUUCAGUAGAACUACACGCUAGCAGUUCCUAAUAGAGGGUUGUCACUAACACUUUUUAAGU